GACCUUUUGAAUAAGUACUCUUGAACUAUGGUUUUAGCUGUCAACAGACCCAAACAAACGAAGAGUAUUCCAAAAUAAAGCAAAGGCGUUUGAUUUCCAAUAGAGAGAUGAAAACAUUAAUACAACGGAAGGCCGCAUCAGCGAAAGGCGAAGCGGUAUUCGAUAACCCAGAGGAAAGCGAAGAUGAACCGGACUUUACUAAUAGCCGAAAUGAACCAUCAAACGAUGCAAAGGACUGCGAUGAUGAUCAGCGUAUUCUGCCUAUGGUCGCAAACCAGUCCCAGAAAGGUAAGAAAUCCCGUAGGAAAAAGGACAAAUAUGCGAUCAUGGGAAGUAUCCCUGAAUGCAGAAAGUAUCGACCUGAAGAUCUCUACCCGAAGAAAAAACCUUAUGACAGUGAAUCCUUUACGCUCAGUGCAUACCAUCCAGUAUAUGUCGGAAACUUUAAAGUCAUUGCCUGGGAUGAGAAAGUGUGGUACGAGCAGAUUUCUAGUUACUUUGCUUACAAAGGGUUGUUAACAAGAAUGGUCUACUUCCACCAGAAUAAGAACGAUUCGUUUACAAAGUUUCAGGAAGUCAAUCGUUUGAUAGACAUGCUCGUUUAUUUUACUACGGAAUUAGAUGCGAACCAGGCGGUUAAACUUUGUCAUAGAGAUGUAUACUAUGGGCACAAAUUAAACGUGCUCCCUGGACGGAAGCCGCAAUGUUUCGAUAUUUAUGUAACCGUGAGAUUUUUAUUGCCUACCGAUGAAAUGCACAAUAAAACGGAAUCAAUUGUCGAGGAGGAAUUAGGGGGACAAGUGACUCACAUUAUGCAGGAUUCCGUCAGACGAACAGUGGUUCAAUUUGUUUCCAAGAAAGCAAUGUUAACGGCUAUAUCUAGGCAAUCUUCGUACAUUCCGAUCAGAACGUAUACGAAAACUAAGAAGCAGCGAUUCCUAGAAGAGGACGCGACGCAGCGUAUCGAGUGCGCCAUACAGACGUAUCCUUCGUUUAUGGAAAUGAAGCCCGCGCCAAGUAUACUUCAAUCUUUGUACGAUGGGACACGACCCUCAGUAGACACAUCAUGGAUGAAUCAUGAUAAACCACUUAUGGCAGAUGAAGAAUUUCAUUCAUAUAAACAACAGCAGCAAAGUAUGCUGCGCGAAAUGUAUACAGAGAGCAGCCUAAACGGACCAAACUUUGCUGCAACAGGCCCGAUCGCAAAAAUAAUAACUACGGAACAGACCAAGGAACGACAAGUGUCACGUGGAAUUAGCACGUUUCUUCAUAAUAACCGACAAUUUCUGAUUAAAUUACAAGCAAAGAAACUGGCUAAAAUGGUACCUUUGGCAAAAAAUACCACCCGUGAUAAACACACCACAAUGAGCAGACGAGAAAGAAAGGAACAAAACAGAAUGAAAAAAAUGGAAAAAACUGUCACCGGUAAUAUUUUCACCAUAGGGCAGACAUCUCUGAACAAGUAAGCGUAUGAUACUUGUGUAAACUCCAGUCAAAUACCAGUUUAAACCCUAAUGCCAGCAUAUCCCAACUCAUUCCGGAACCGGUUCGUAAUACUGAAUAGAUUUCAAAUGCAACAAUCGAUUCUGGCGCAAUUGGUUUCGGAAUCGGUAUUCACAGUUCAGUUGAAAUUUGUAUGUCAUUGGUAACAAUAAAAAUUUACGGCGGAACUGCUUAUUCUUGUCUUGUUUUCAUUAAUAGGCUUCCACAGAUAAGUGGGUGAUUAGUGAACGGUGUAUAUACGGUAUGUAAACUAGGCUCAAUGGACUAUACAAGUUAGUCUUGGAUCACAUACCUUUGGGGUAACAACAGUAGAUGUUGAAUCAAGCUGUUCUCAACCCCCUAUUAGAGUUUUAACGCAGCCACUCGCGUUACGAAACAAGCUGAUGUCGAAGCGGGUCAAUUUAGGUUGUCUGGCGUAUGCUUGAUGGUCAGAUCAUUAGCGUUUGUGCAUUAGAAUCAGCAGAAAGUGUUGCUCGACAGCAGUAUCAAUCUUCACUUUAUUGUAGAUGAAAGGUACGGGAUGAUUAUAAAUUUACUAGGUGGACUAAAGUUUUAGUUUGCUAGAACAAUGGAUACAUUCCCUUAUUCUUAGUGACUGUAACGUGUUUAAACUUUCCGGAGGCGAUCAGUCAGCGUGG